AUGGGAGACGUGAUAGUGCUGAUGUGGUCCCACUUGGACCCGGGCUGGCUGGAUACGGCCGAUGGCUACUACAACAACAAGGUGAAGUACAUAAUCGAGAAUGCCAUCUUUCACCUGCAGAAGCCGAACUUCACCUUCAUGUUCACCGAGAUCGAGUACCUGGACAUGUACUGGCAAAAGGCCCACGAGACGAAAAAACAGGCCAUUCGUGACGCCUUGGCCAAAGGGAGUUUGGAGAUAUCAACCGGAGGAUGGAUUAUGACCGAUGAGGCCGUCUCGCACUAUUAUUCGAUGCUGGUGCAGCUCAUUGAAGGCAAGUGGGAUCCCGUCUCCGUCCAAAUUGGAUUAGCAAUUCCGAGCAGUAAUGAGGGUGGAUGCCUGACUGGAACCAUUCUUCUCUCCCUUUUUUCAGGUCAUAAGUGGAUCGAACAUAAUCUGGGGAAGGUGAAAGUGAAGUCAAGCUGGAGCGUUGACCCUUUCGGCCACGGCUCAGUCAUGCCUUAUCUCUUGAAGGGCAGUGGGAUCGAGAACAUGGCCAUCCAGCGCAUUCACUUUGCCUGGAAGGAAUUUUUUGCCACGCAUCAGCUGGGGGAUUUCUUCUGGCAGCAGGCUUGGGACUUCAAGGGGAAACAAAACGUCCUCUGCCACAAUCUCCCCUUCGACAUCUACGACAUUAGUCACACUUGUGGGCCGCACUUCGAGACCUGCAAGCAGUUCGACCUCUCCAACACGAGGGGAGAUGUCACCUAUAUGAAAGCAAAGCUCCCAGAAAUGGCUGCAAAGUUGGUGGGGGAGUACCAGCGCAUGUCAUCCCUGUUCCCGCACAAUGUUGUGAUUGCAUUCCUUGGCGAGGACUUCAAAUAUGAUAUGGACGAGCAGAUGAGCAAUCAGUACCAGGGCUACCGAGUGCUCGUAGACUACAUCAACUCCAACAAGGAGACCUACAAUACCAACAUCCGCUUCGGAACACUGUCAGACUAUUUUAACCUCGUGCGAAAAUGGGAUCGAUCCAAGUUUCCAACGCUUCAAGGAGACUUUCACGUGUACAGUGACGUGUUCUCCUGGCACAGACCGGCUUAUUGGAGUGGGUAUUACACCACACGUCCACUGGUGAAGUCUUUGGACCGCUUUAUGGCCGGAGAACUGCGAUCAGCUGAAAUCCUGUAUAGCUAUGCUGUAACGCGUACAUCACAGACAGGUCAACUCAAAUACCAGAAUCGCCUAGAGGCACUUUAUCCUGAUCUUGUAAAGAGCCGGCGAACUCUGUCAAGAUUCCAGCAUCACGACAUCAUCACGGGAACGAGUCGUCAAAAUGCACUACUUGAUCAAGAGAAUGAAGUUGCUGCAGAACCUGAGGUCCAUCUCUUGAAACCAUACAAGUGGAGUUACUCAGAUUAUUGGCCUGUUAAGAUUCCUGUUACAGUGGUCCCAACCCAUUCUAAGCGAGUGGUCGUUUUUAAUUCACUAGCUCAACAGAGAAUCGAAGUGAUAAGGCUGAACAUACCAGCUAAUCAGUCCGUUCGGGUCACAACUUUGGACGGUCAGCCGGUUCCCUAUCAGAUCAACCCGGUGUGGAACCGGACAUCAGACAGAGCCAAUGUUUUCCUCAGUGACCUUCAUGUGGAGGUGGCAUUCGUGGCCACUCUUCCUCCCCUGUCGGCUGUUGUUUACGAGCUGCAUCGCAUCGAGGUUGAAGAGCCGCAGAAGAGAGCUGCCAUUUUUUCAAACUUCCUUCAUGGCAGCCAGAACAAGGGGUUUGUGUUAGAGGGCAUCCCCAAGGACAAAGAUAUAUCCAUUGAAAAUGAUUUUCUCAUAGUCACCUUCAAUGGGACAUCUGGGGAGAUGAACCACAUUCAGCGAAAGCAACGGUCAGAGAAGAAAUUGAUCUGCCAGUCGCACGUUCUUUAUUACGAGACUCGAAUGGGUGAGAAUGGAGCUUACCUGUUUAAAGUGGAUGCUGGACCCAGAACCAUCACCGGUUCAUCUCGUGCAAAGAUUGUCAUCGUCAAUGGAGAUGUGGAAACUGAGCUGGCUGCCUUUUAUGGAGAGUAUCUCGUCCUCUCAUACAAGUUGUAUCACCAUGGUGGUCCCAUCCAGUAUGGGAUUCAGGUUGAAAGUAUUCUUGAAAUGGAAGCAAUGUCUACAUUUAAACUUCACAAUGCUGAUGUCUUCAUGAAGUUUAACACAGCUGUAGAGAAUGGCAACCCACCUGUGUUCUAUACAGAUGGCAAUGGCUUCAACAUGCAGAAGCGGGUUUUGAUCGAUAAGAUUGGAGUUGAGGGUAAUUAUUACCCUGUGACAACGGCCAUCUUCAUCGAAGAUGCUAUGGAACGAAUGACUAUUUUGACCUCUCAUUCACACGGAGCAUCAAGCCUCCAGACCGGAAGCAUAGAAAUCGGACUCGAUCGUCGUGCCGAUGUCGACGAUGGCCGUGGGUUGGGUGAAGGUAUCGUCCAUGAAGGGCCUUCCAGAACGUAUUUCUGGCUUUUGCCAGAGUCACGUGACCAAGAAGAGACUGAUGUAAAGAAGGUACCGUUUCUUUCCCUGCUUGCAAUAUAUCUCUCCCAGGGAUUAAAUUACCCUCCAGUCCUGAGUGUGAUUGACUCACAGCGUAUUGCACCUCCCAGCAAGGGACAUGUGAACUGCCUGAGUCGAAGUUUUCCCUGUGAUAUUCAUCUUCUUGGGAUGAGGCAUGACAGCCACCCAUCCAAUUUGAGCACAUCAGGAACUUCUACCAUGUUGAUGCUGCAUCGUCUUGGCUAUGAUUGUGCCCUUCAGAUGGGGCUCCUGCCGUCUUGCAGCAUCUCAAAUGGAGCUUACAAGAAGCAUGAUAGCCUCAGUCUCACAUGGUCGAUUUGA